AAAUGUUGUAAAAUGCAAAUAAUACUAGUGCCCAUCCUAACGUCUGCCUUGUCUUGAUGUUCGUGGAAGGUUCGCUUCAGCUAAGCCGUUGGGAGGCUCUCUCACUCUUCACUCCACUCUUCUCCAAAACCACUGCGUCUCAGGUUUGGCGUUGAUGUUAUUCAGGCAUGUUCUGUUCAUGCAGUAAGCUUUGUGGCAUAUGGCACUGACAAUCCCAAUUGUGCAAUCAUGUGGCUUGUGCUUCUGUGGGAAACGAUUGAGAGCUGCUAUUGUUUUUGAAGCUGAGAGAGGAUACCGGAAUGCUUUGGGUAGAAAAAUGAGGUUCAAUAAAUCUCUCAUUUCAAAAAUAUCAAAAGUUUGUUCUCGCCCAAAGCAUGACUUGUCAUGGUUGGAGGAAGUGGCAAGACUCAAAGAUCGAUCAAAAAUCCUGAAGAAGGUAUGUGCUAUGAUGGAUUAUGAUGGUCUUCAUGGAAGAGCUAAAAAGCAAUCUCGUAUGAACCUUAAAGGUGCAGAGGAUGAGUUCAAUGACUCCUUGGAAUGUAAAAAAUUCCCAUCCAUCAUUUUAGGUAGUUCUCCUCAGGUUGAAUUGUAUGAUGAGACUGCAAGUUGGUCUGAAAUGAGUAAGCUUUUAGCUACCCAAAAUGGUGAAGGAAUUCUUCCCAGUUCAUUUGGUACAGAGCUAGUUCAAGAGAGUUGUACUGAAACAUCGCCGCCUUUGUCUCCUACCUUUCAAAAUGUAACGACUUCCUUACUUAAAGAAGAAGAAUCUUACGAGCCUUCUCAGCCAAUGGAUUUAGAAAACAUAGAAAAAUCAGAUUAUUCAGUCACUGUGAAGGAAUCUUCUGUCAAAGUGGGGUCUGCAUCCCCACUAAAUGCUGCCUCCAUUCAAUUAUUUCUUGACAGAUCUAUCAAUUGCAUCCCUGGAUUAAGUAAGAGGCACUGUCGUCAGCUGGAAAGUUCUGGUUUCAACACGUUGCGGCAAUUGCUACGUCAUUUUCCUCGAAGCUAUGCUGAUUUACAGAAUGCACAGACUGCAAUUGAUGACGGGCAAUACCUGAUUUUUGUUGGGAAAAUUUUGUCUUCCAGGGGAGUCAGAGCUAGUUCUUCUUUUUCAUUUCUUGAGGUGGUAGUGGGCUGUGAGAUUACAGAAAAUCAAUCAAAUGUUGAGGAUACAAUCAAUGAUAUUAAUAGCAAGGGAAAUAAAACAAUUUUUUUGCAUCUGAAGAAGUUUUUUCGUGGUACUCGUUUUACAUUUCAACCUUUUCUGAAAAGUCUUGAAGCAAAGCAUAAAGAGGGAGAGAUUGUUUGCGUAAGUGGUAAGGUGAGGACUAUGCGUACUAAAGAUCACUUUGAAAUGAGAGAGUAUCAUAUCGAUGUGCUGGAAGAUGAAAAUGAUCCAUCUUAUUGUGCAGAAGGGAGGCCAUAUCCUAUAUACCCUUCUAAAGGGGGCUUAAAUCCAACUUUUCUUAGAGACAUUAUUGCAAGAACCUUACAAGCUUUGCCUAUUAAUGUCGACCCUAUUCCUGAAGACAUAACUCAAGACUUUGGACUGUUAAGCCUUCACGAUGCAUACAUUGGGAUUCACAAGCCAAAGAAUAUAAAUGAGGCUGAUUUGGCACGCAAAAGGCUUAUAUUUGAUGAGUUCUUUUAUUUGCAGUUAGGACGCUUAUACCAAAUGCUUGAAGGCCUUGGUACAAAAAUAGAGAAAGAUGGCUUGCUGGAUAGGUAUAGAAAACCUGAAUUAAAUGCUACUUAUGUGGAAGAAUGGUCCAGUCUCACCAAGAAUUUCCUGAAGGCUCUUCCGUAUUCCCUUACUUCUAGUCAGCUAAGAGCUGUUUCAGAAAUUAUUUGGGAUCUGAAGCGGCCAAUACCUAUGAAUCGGCUGUUACAGGGUGAUGUUGGAUGCGGGAAAACUGUGGUAGCAUUUUUGGCAUGUAUGGAGGUUCUUGGCUCUGGAUAUCAGGCAGCAUUCAUGGUUCCAACUGAGUUGCUUGCUAUUCAGCAUUAUGAGCAGUUGCUUAAUUUGCUAGAGAAUAUAGAGGAGGUUGAGUGCAAACCUUCAGUUGCUUUACUAACUGGUUCUACCCCAUCAAAACAAUCACGGAUGAUUCGUGAGGGUCUCCAUACUGGAAAUAUCUCAAUGGUCAUUGGGACCCACAGUCUAAUAGCUGAGAAUGUGGAGUUUUCUGCUUUACGCAUUGCAGUGGUGGAUGAGCAACAUCGCUUUGGUGUGAUUCAGAGAGGAAGGUUUAACAGCAAGUUAUAUUAUACCUCUUUGAGUUCAAGAAUGGAGGCGGGCAAUUUAGAGGUGUCCUCAAAAGGUGAUGUGCAUAUGGCACCUCAUGUUCUGGCCAUGUCAGCCACUCCUAUCCCGAGGACACUUGCUCUGGCAUUAUAUGGGGAUAUGUCGCUUACACAGAUUACUGACUUACCUCCUGGAAGAAUACCAGUUGAAACAUUCAUUAUUGAAGGAAAUGAUGAUGGCUUUGAGAAGGUCUACAAGAUGAUGCUGGAUGAGUUAGAAGUAGGGGGCAAAGUGUAUCUUGUGUAUCCAGUGAUUGAACAGUCUGAACAGCUGCCCCAGCUUCAUGCUGCUUCUGCAGAUCUUGAAGUUAUAUCUCGUAGAUUUCAGGGAUACAGCUGCGGGUUGUUACAUGGAAAAAUGAAGAGUGACCAGAAAGAAGAAGCAUUGAAGCGGUUUAGAUUUGGAGAAACACGUAUACUACUUUCUACACAAGUAAUUGAGAUUGGUGUGGAUGUUCCAGAUGCAUCUAUGAUGGUUGUUAUGAAUGCCGAGAGGUUUGGAAUAGCUCAGCUUCACCAACUUAGAGGACGAGUUGGACGUGGAGAGAGAAAAUCUAAGUGUAUAUUGUUAGCAUCUACCGCCAGUAGCCUAAACCGGUUAAAGGUGCUAGAGAAAUCAUCGGAUGGUUUUUACUUGGCAAAUGCAGACCUCCUUUUGCGUGGACCUGGCGACUUGCUUGGUAAAAAACAGUCAGGCCAUCUUCCGGAGUUUCCUAUUGCCCGGUUGGAGAUAGAUGGGAAUAUUUUACAAGAGGCACAUCUUGCUGCACUGAGAAUUUUAGGUGAUUCCCAUGAUUUGGAGCGAUUCCUGGCACUCAAAGCAGAACUUAGUAUGAGACAGCCUCUUUGUCUUCUAGGCGAUUGAGUUGUAAACAUAUUGAACUUCCACUAUUAUAUGCUCAAGAUGUUUCAUGGUACGUUGGCCACAAAAUUAAUACUGCUUUUGCAGCUGUAUACAUCUUAUUGUUCUGUGCUUGAUACUUUUAAUCUAUAACAAUAUUACUGGUGGUUCUAA